AUGGCCUCCUCCUCCCCUUUGCUUGUUGGUGAACUGAUGAGUGUGCGAUCGUUGAACAACUUGCUACGGGCAAUGAACACCAAGAACGUCGCCACAUGUCAUAUAUUGGAUGAAGGCAUCACAUUCACCGUUAUGGAAGGUCGGCACGUCAAAAUGGUGGCCUAUCUCAAGCGUAAUCUCUUUGAGACCUACCGUAUCCAAGCCAGCAGUGAUCCCAUACAACCGUUUGGUGUUGCCAUCGGCACAAUGCUUGACUGCCUAGGAAUACUGAUGCCUGCUCCUGGUGAAAGCGUGGAUGCUUGUAAAAUUCGUUAUAUGGAACCAGGCCAACCCGUUGAAUUCACGCGAGAAGAUCCAGAUCAUGAAGUACGAUGCAGCCUUGUCACCCUUGAACCCGAACUCGAUGAUGAAUCUCUCACACUAAGCAGCGACAUUCAACUUCGUGCUAUCAUGCGGUCUUCAGCUUUGAAUGAUGCCCUGGGUGAUUUGGACAAGUCAUGUGACCGUAUCACAUUCAAAUUCUCCCCUGAAAAUCCACAAUUCUACCUAAAAGGAGAGAGCGAUCAAGGCAUGUACGAGAUUGAAUAUCCGGGUUCUUCAGAGACCUUUAUUAGUUUCCAAUGCGAAGGAGACGUCAUGCACUGUUACCAUUACUCCCAUUUCAUGCAUUGCAAAAGAGCAUUAGAACAAUCGGAUGAGGUGUCGAUACGUGUAUCUCAAGAUGGCGUACUAUGCUUGCUGUUUCGACUCCAAAGCUCCAAUCGAGAAAGCUACGUAGAAUUCACGAUCCUGCCUUAUUCUCAGCCUGAUCAAGAUGAUGAGGAGCAUGCGGAGCAAUCCAUGACAGCAUCAACACCACGACGACCUCCUUUUCCAGCAUCUUUUUCAUCCUCUUUUGCUGGAUCGCAAUAUUUUGAUGCCAUCGAUGGAACUGUUCACUUUGAUGGAUAUGAGCUACUAUCGGACAUUCAUCGAUUUAUUCAUUUUGACCACAAGACCAAGGUACUCGUUAUCACCACACAUGAUAUGAUAUCAUGUCCCGAAUCCUUCUGGAUGGAUAUGGCAACCAAAUACCCGGCGACCCGAUUCACAUUCCUCGUUGAUAUGCUCAGGCCUCUACAACAACCCAACAAUGUUCGUUUUCAGACAGGCCACUUGAAGGAUUUGCAUGAUGAUACCUUUGACUUGAUCCAUUUUCAACGACCUUUGGCAAUGAGAGAGCUCGAUGAUGUUAUUGCCCUAUCGAAACCUGGAGCUUGUGUGCAAACAGUACAAUUCCAAAUCAAGGUGCAAAAUGGAGAAUUGAUCCCCUCACGUCCUUUUACGCCUCAUAUCCAUAACAGGUUGCAUCUCAUUCGUGGCUCUACGCGAUGGUACAAGCUAGCUGAAGCAAGAAGGCGCGAUCCAGAAGGAUACGAGCAGUUGAUGCGAUUGAUGAAGCAAAUGCUUGAAAAGUUGGAUGAGGAGGAUUUACGAAAACUUGGGAGAGAUGGAACAGGACAACAACAUGUUGUAGAAUUCGGUCAAUGCGUUAUGCUUUUAGAACAACUUUCUUAG